UGAGAGUGGGCGAGCUGGGAUAGGCUGGGAGUUUGGUUGGAGCCGUCAGCGGGACGGUACAAGGCACAAGAAGGGGUGGGGUGGGGGGCGAUCCGACCGAGUUAACUUCUGGCUUCCGAGCGGCUCAUUGUGUUGGAUAGAAAAUUUGACGUAGACAUCUUUAAGGAAAAUAGCAUUUGUUGCAUUCAGAGGUCACGGAUCUGAGCGGCGCGGAUGACAAAGAAGCGCCGCCGUGCAAACUUUCUCAACCGGGUUAGAUCGCUCGUAAAACCCAACCGGGAAUUCAGUUUUUCUUUGUAACGGAGGCAUAAAGGAGAAGACAUAAUGCCACGGCGCACCGUGCAAGAAGUGACAGUGCAAGAUGUCCAGAAACGAAGAAAUCCGAACAAACACUACGUUUACAUCAUCAAAGUGUCCUGGAGCGAUGGCAGUACAGAAAUCAUUUACAGACGCUACAGCAAGUUCUUUGACCUCCAGAUGGAAUUGCUGGACAAAUUCCCGGUGGAAGGAGGCCAGAAAGACCCUAAGCGUAGGAUCAUUCCAUUUCUACCAGGAAAGAUCCUGUUUAGGAGGAGCCAUAUACGAGACGUGGCCAUGAAAAGGCUAAGGCCCAUCAACGAGUACUGCAGGGCCCUCAUUCAGCUGCCAGUCUACAUCUCCCAGUGUGAGGAGGUCCGAGUGUUUUUUGAGACCAGACCUGAAGACCUUAACCCACCCAAGGAAGAACCCAUUGGAAAGAAGAAAUCAGGGAUUGUGGAGCGAGCGUCUACUUUCCUAAAGCGAGGAGAUUCCACCUCGGCAGACCCUCUACUCCUUGACCAGUAUGUGGCAGUAACAGACUAUGAGAAACAGGAGAGCUCUGAAGUCAGCUUGCACGUGGGUCAGGUGGUGGAAGUCAUUGAGAAAAAUGAGUCUGGGUGGUGGUUUGUUAGCUCAGACGAUGCCCAGGGCUGGGUCCCUGCCACCUGCCUUGAAGCACAGGAUGACCCGGAUGACUUCAGUCUUCCAGGGGAAGAAGUGCCUCGGAGAUUCUGGUCACUGCCAAGGCACGUGGGUCGUCGCAGAACUUUAGGGGAUCUAUUCAGCACAGGUUUUGGGCAAGAGGAGAAGUAUUCAGUGAUUUACCCGUACUCGGCCAGAGACCAGGAUGAGAUUGACCUGGAGAGAGGCAUGGUUGUUGAGGUGAUUCAGAAGAACCUGGAGGGUUGGUGGAAGAUCAGGUACCAGGGACGUGAGGGCUGGGCCCCAGCCUCCUACCUUAAGAAGACUGACAUCCAAGGCCAGAAGCAGGGCGCUGCUGCUCAUGCCAGCACCAAUGACCUAGAUGGGGUUUCUAAACAGAACCAGCAAAACAAUGCAGCCAAAGAAAACCGAGACAAUGGCCAAAAAGAAAACCGACUCUCAUUUUUUUCUGACAAAAGUAAAGUGGGAGCAAGACACAGACCUCCUCCACGCAGAGAUCUGACCCUUCCACGUGGUACAAACCUACCCAAGCCACCCGUUCCUCCUCAGGUUGAAGAAGAGUUCUACACCAUAGCAGACUUCCAGACCAUCAUCCCUGAUGGUAUUAGCUUCCAAGCCGGAGUCAAAGUUGAGGUGAUUGAGAAGAAUAAUGGUGGUUGGUGGUACAUCCAGAUAGAUGACAAAGAGGGCUGGGCCCCUGCCACCUUUAUUGACAAGUACAAGAAGACCAGUAAUGCCGUGCGACCUAAUUUCCUUGCCCCUCUGCCCAAUGAGAUGGAGAAGCUGGGACUGGAAGAUGGUUGUUCUUCAAAUGUUUCAGGCGCAGAUGACAGCUGGUCCAAGCCUUUACCAGAUGAGCCAACAUUGGCCCCUGACUCCUGUGCUCGGCCCAAGCUGAGAGAUUGGAAGUCCAGUGCCAGCAAGGGGGCCCUUCCCUUCAGUGUACCUUUACCUCCAGCUCCAGCCACCCCUCCAGUCGAGGAUAAACCAGCUCUGCCACCUCGAAGGGAGUCCAUUAAUAAGAGCUUUGAUUUGGAAGUAUCAGAAAAACCAAGGGCUGAUCAUUCCAAACCUUUGCCUCCAAAACCCCCGGCUCCUGGGGUCAUUAUGCCAAUGGUUCCACCCAAAGCAGUCCCCUUCAAACAGGACAAACCACCAGAGCCCAAGAAGGAAGAUAAGAGCAAAGCUCUUCACCUGAGGAAUGAGAUGGGUCUUGAAUGUGGCCACAAGAUCUCUGCCAAAGAGGUGAAGAAGUUCAAUCUGAAACCUGUGCCCAAGCAGCCACCAAAACCCAAACCAGAAGUGCAGGAGGAGAAACCAGAGGCAGCUGGCCCAGCUGUGUUUAUGAAGCCUAAGCCAGUGCUCCGACCUAAACCUGUUCCUGCUGCCAAGCCAGAUUAUCCGCCAGAGAACAAACUAGACAUCACCAACCUGAGAAGCAAGCUGAGGCCAUCGAAACCAGCGGAUCCUGGCUCUGCAUCAGCUGAGGUAAACCAUCAGAAUGGCACCUCAACAGCAGUAAAUAGUUCCUGUAGCUCUCCCCCCAUCCAUAUCCCUACUCUUAACAAUGGUAAGCACUGCGACGAGCCAAAACUCCCCCCAAAACACAUUAAUGGUCAUAGACAGGAGAGCUCAACAACAACUGCAAAACCAGCAGUGCCUCCCCAGAAGGAACCCCCACAGAGACCCCCCAUCAUGGGUCCAAGGAGACCUCCUCCUCCAAAGAAGACCGACCCGUCCAGCCCAAUUGAGCUCAAACCUCCACCUGCUCUCAGAGAAACCCAGGACAUUCCCAAGAGCCCCCCACCCCAACUCAGCAGACCCCCUCCCCCUAAACCCAAAGGGUUUGUUCAGGCACCUCCAAACAAAGAGAAAGAAGAGCCCAAAGUCAAUAAAGUCCCGGUUCCUCCCAAGCCACAGUUGAAGAGUGAGAAGCCGGGCCCGCCCAAGGACAAGCUUCCACCUUUACUCAUGGAGCCAAGUAAGGAUGAGCUGUAUCUAGCUGUGGCGGACUUUGAAGGGGAUGACCAGACAUCCAGCUUUAAGGUGGGCACGGUGUUUGAGGUGAUGGAAAAAAACAGCAGCGGCUGGUGGUUCUGUAAGAAAGCAGGACAAGAAGUUGAGAGCUGGAUCCCUUCAAAUUACCUGAGCAAGAAACCUUAGUGUGAAUGUGCUCUCAAUACCAUUGCCAUAUGAAUAAAGAAACAAAAUAAUGAUUUAAAUGAACAAAACAUAUGUACUUUGUAACUAGAUAGCAUUUUGUUUUAUUUAUAGGUAUCUUUUGUUUUUUUAAGUGACCCAUUUUUGUUAUGUUGCAUUUUGAUAAGAAUAUUCUACCUAAACUGAACCAGCAAUAACAAAUGACCUUGUUGGGUCUUGUGAUGUUUACGUUUUUGUUUUGUUUUUUAUCUUAAUUUUACAUGAAAGACGUUUUUUGCUAUCAUUGCCAUAUGCUACAGGAGUCGCAGCCUGUGUCAGUCCUGCCAUUACUUAGUAGUUACUUAGUAGAACAGUUCUAAAUGUAUCUCCACCCUUGCCUUCUAUGAUAUGCUGCCUCUAUAUUAUAUGCAAAGUGCUUCAGUGAUUGAUUAACUGUAUGCAACUGUAGACAUACUGUAGUACUUGUUGGAAUCUUGAAAAACCAUGAACUGAAAAUCAAAACCCAACAUUAAAGGGGGAAAACACUUGAUGUUCAAAUCCAACAGUAGACACAUGCACAUGAACUUACCAGGGGAGUUCAAUGUCUACAUCUGGACUUUCAAGUGCUAUUAGAAAUUACUAAAAGAGAGUUCUUUGCCAAGUAGAAGUGCUGUUUGUUAUACAAGAAACAUGCAAAUUCUUCUUUGUGCUCUUGUAAUGCUUUUCUUUGUUGACUGCAUAAUUAUUGUUGCAGCGACUUGUAACAGAUGUGCACUUUUUCAGUCAUUUUAUAUUAAAUAAUUCUAAGGUUUGCACAUGCUAAAGGAAGUGAAAGAAGGCCACAGUGCUUUUAAUUUCUUAGGUUCAUUAGCUAUGAUUUUUUUUUUAUACUCACUCUAACAACUAUCCACCAAUGUAAAGAUGAGGCUAGAACUUCAAAACUGACAAGUUGAAAAGAAGCACCCAAAGUAUUUUUUAACAUAAUUUUGUUAUCUCAUACGCUAAACUAAGAAGUGUGUCAUGUGACUUGCACAGAACAUCUGCAUAUCUGUACCAGAUGUCUUACCUAAGAAAUAAGCCAUCUACAGUGAAUUGUGCAAACAUUUACAGUUAGGUUUGGAGCUCAAAUAACAGCAAAGUAUGACCAUUGUAUAAACAUAAUCAUUGACAUUAAUGCUUGACUGGUUUCAAGCAUGGUCAGUAUAGUUAAUUAUUUUUUAUUGUACAGAAAUGAUGAGGCAUAUCUUAUCUGUUGUCACUUUUUCUUUGACGGUCCAUCUGUCUGGUAUUUUACUCUGUGCUGUAAAGCUGGUUGAUUUUACGGGAUUAUCUAAUUAGAAAAAACACAGACGGUUGCUGUUUUGUUUUUCUGUCAAAAGAAAACUAAAAAGUGUCUGCUUAUUUCACACCAAGUGGUCCACAAAUGAUUGUCUGCUAUACAUUUAUCAUUGAAAUGUUAGGUUUACUUAAUAAAUAAGCAAAGUUAGAAUAGAAAUUGUGCAUUUGUGGUUAUCUAAACAAUCAGACAAGGCUACAAGCUAACACUGCUUCUAGUUGCUACAAUAUUAUUCCACCUUCCACCCAUGUUUUAUCGAAAAAAGACAGUAAGUUACCAACAAAGAAAAAAGAAAGUGUGUUGUUGUGGUUUAUUUUAUGAGGACAAAAGGCAGGAAGGUACAGCACAGUGUAAGGCAAAUGUAUGGAUUGAUGGUGUCAUCAUUUCAGUAUUGUAAUCUUAUUUACUUU